UUUUGCAAAUAAAUCAGGACUUGCUCAUUUUUCAACUUAUUUGCCAAGUAGUGACUGAUGCUAACGACAAGAUUAUAUAAUGUUUAAAAAAUACACAUAAUUUUUGCGCUCCAGAUUGUGCAAUUUAAGUAGGACUACAGGACCCACAAAUCUUUUGUCACAACCAGGAAGUGCAUGAACUGAGUCCUGAAACAUACAGUAAUCUCAUUAGAAAGGAAAGAGCGCUGUUUUUUUUUUCAGGAUCACGCUGAUGUUUUCCGUAACGUGAAGCGGUCACUUUAUUGGAUCUUUGGAAAUGCGUCCGUGGUCGUUGAGUAACAUAAUGUAAACAAGAAUCAUAUCUUCAAACAAGUCGAACAAGUUGUAUAACUGGUUUUGGACAUACGUGUCUCCCAUUCAUUCAUACUGUCUUUUUUUAUUACCGAGGACUUCCGAUGUUGUGUACAGACUUAAAGUACUGGUGCCAGUGCUCAAAAUGAGGUGGAUCACCUUUUUCGUGGUGGGACUGACUGUCCAUGUCGUCUUCUUUCUGUCCAUCUUUGAUAUCUACUUCACCUCUCCUUUGGUCCAUGGGAUGACACCCAUGACCACACCUUUGGCUCCACCUGCCUCCAGACUGGUGCUCAUUGUGGCUGACGGCCUGAGAGCAGACAGCUUUUUCACCCUGCUCCCGAACGGCUCAUCCACAGCUCCUUACUUGAGGGCUAUCAUUGAGGAGAGAGGUACCUGGGGUGUCUCCCACACGCGCGUUCCCACGGAGUCUCGCCCUGGUCACGUUGCUCUUAUUGCUGGCUUCUACGAGGAUGUUAGUUCUGUUGCUAGAGGUUGGAAGGAGAAUCCUGUGGAAUUUGACUCUGUGUUUAAUGAGAGCAGGCAUACCUGGUGCUGGGGCAGCCCGGAUAUUCUGGCCAUGUUCGCAAAAGGGGCGAGUGGAGACCAUGUGUACACCCACGCCUAUCCGGCAGAAGAACAGGACUUUGCCUCCACGGAUGCAUCCAGGCUAGACAGCUGGGUGUUCACUCAAGUCAAAUCACUUUUUCAAUCAGCCAAGUCAAACUCCACUCUGAUGGCCAGCCUGCUGCAGGAUCAGAAUGUCUUCUUUCUGCAUCUGUUGGGUAUUGACACCAACGGACAUGCUCACAGACCAAUGUCCCAAGAGUACCAAAACAACAUUGGCCUAGUGGACUCUGGCGUAGCUGAACUGGUGUCCGUAAUUGAAGACUUCUUCGGUUAUGAUGGCAGAACAGCUUUCGUGUUCACGUCUGAUCACGGCAUGACCAAUUGGGGUUCUCACGGUGCUGGUCACCCCUCAGAGACUCUCACCCCUUUGGUGGCUUGGGGAGCUGGAGUACAGACACCACACAAAGUGACUGGCGAUCAAUUUUACCAGGACGGCUAUUUGCAAGACUGGAAAUUGGAGCACCUCAGAAGAGUUGAUCUCAAUCAGGCUGACAUUGCUCCUCUCAUGGCAUCUCUAAUUGGCGUACCUAUUCCUGUCAACUCUGUCGGUGUAUUACCUGUACUAUACCUGAACAACAGCGAUCUGUUCAAAGCAGAGUGCAUGUACACUAAUGCUAUUCAAAUAUUGGAGCAGUUCAAGAUGAAAAAGAAGCAGAAAAAAGAGACAACCUUGUCUUGUCUCUUUACUCCUUAUCAAGCGCUGACUGCGCCGAGGCAAGCAGAAUUUAUUCAGAAAGCAAGAAAACUGAUUGAGCUACAAAAGUAUGAAGAGGCUAUUUCACUCUGCCAGGCUCUAAUAUCCAAUGCCCUUGAAGGCUUGGUUUACUACCACACCUACGACCGGUUUUCCUUGGGUUGCAGCGUCGUGCUGGGAUUUGUGGGGUGGACCUCAUAUGUUGUCCUCGUUAUUUUGAAGACUCAUACAAGUCUUAACAUGCAUCCUGACAUACUCAAACAAAAGCCGGAUCGUACCUUGGUGAGGCUGAGUGCGUGCGUCACCGUGGUGAUCAGCAUAUUCCUGCUCAUCCAGAGGAGUCCACUCACAUACUAUAUUUACUGCCUGUUGCCGGUGCCAGUGUGGUACUCUGUUUUUAAAGAGUCCAACACACUAACAGAUUUGAUUAAAUUGGCUCCGUCCCUGCCGCUGUGGAAAUGCUUUGGCUACUUUGUGCUGGUAGCAUUCGGCAUUGAACUGCUGGUGGUGAGUUUCUUUCAUCGCGCCAUGCUGACUGUGGGCCUGGCUGUCCUGUCUCUCUGGCCGAUGCUGUCAGGACUUUUUGACAAGGCUAAGUGCUGCUCAGUGAACUGGUUUCUGGGCUGCCUUUGCUUGGCUGCUUUCCCCCUGAUGCCUGUGGUGGGAAGAGAGUCCAAUACAAAUCUGGUGAUCUGUGCUGGUCUGCUCACUCUGUUUUUAUCAGUGUGUUUCCUCUGGCCAUCACGGAACAGGACAUCACUCCUCCUUCGUGAUAAACAGCAGCUUGUCAUACAGAUGCUGCAUGUGGCAGUGUCUGCAUGCGUGCCGUUCUUCACACACUCCAGCCUGCAGCAGAAACGGGGGCUGCCCCUUCUCGCUCAGCUCAUCAGUUGGGUCACAUUAGCCUCUUCCAUACCUGUUCCCUUGAUGAGCUCUACACGCCUGUUUCACCGGCUCCUCAGCGUAUUCCUCUCGCUCACAGCCACAUACCUUCUGCUUAGCACUGGGGCCGAGGCCUUGUUCCCUCCGGUGUUAUCUUGGUUGAUGUUUGUGUGGAUCAACAUUGAACAGGAAGCAACAAUCGCUGAGGGCACCUCUGGAAGGCAAGAGCUCUCCACUAUCGAUUUCUCCGCCAACAUUGACAUCUCCAAAAUUCGUCAGCUCAAGUUAGAUGACAUUCGGCGCUCCUAUUUCUUUGUUUUUUUCAUCAUCGUGGCUUUUUUUGGCACAGGGAACAUAGCGUCCAUUAACAGUUUUGACCCAACGUCGGUUUAUUGUUUCCUCACGGUCUUCAACCCCUUCAUCAUGGGAGGGUUGAUGAUGUGGAAGGUCAUCAUUCCAUUCAUAAUCGUAAUGUGCACGUUUGAGACGAUCCAAGUGACAACACAGCUGCCAUCGAGAAGCUUAUUUCUGAUCGUUUUGGUCAUCUCUGACGUGAUGGCUCUGCACUUUUUCUUCCUCGUGCAGGACUAUGGCACCUGGUUAGAGAUUGGCACAAGCAUCAGCCACUACGUUAUCGUGAUGUCGAUGACCAUCUUCCUGAUGUUGCUCAGUGUCGUCACGCACAUCCUCACCUCACAAAGAUUUGUUCUGUGGCGGCGACGCAAGAUGCACUUCCCCUGAACAAACAUGAGCAAAGCACAGAAGCUUUCGGUAGUGUUUGGGGUUAUAGACUCUCUCAUAAUGUAUCUAUAAUAUAUUUGACAUUGUAUUUUGCUGAACAAUAGUCAUUGAGUGACAUUUAUCAAAGCUGUGAGAAAACGUGGCAGUGUAUGCCUUUGAAGUCCUCAUUAAAAAGGUUGUUUCGCCCCA